AUGAACAAAAACGGAACAGCUAAAAUGAAUGAUAAUCAAAUUAGAGCAGAAGGUAGAAGGUUAUUUAAACGCUUCUAUAACAUUCCUGAUGGUGUUAAUCCUAAAACUCGUAGAAGUUAUUUAAAUGAAGCAAUAGAUUCAUAUGAAGGGUUUGACAUUUCAUCAGAAAGUGAGAGAUUAGCGAGAAUGUUAAAUGUUAAUAUUGAUUUCUAUUAUUGUGAUCCUCAACCAGAAGACGUGGACAUAAAUAAGGUAGACUUUCCAUUAGUGGAAUCAAUAAUGAUAGAUCCAGAAUUUGAAACAAUAAAUAUUUUAUUAACACAGAGUCCAUGUGGAAAACUUCACGCUGACAGAAUAACAGACGUUGAAGCACUCACCGGCUAUAGAGUUUGUCCAUAUUGUAAAGAAGAAGUUUAUUCUAUCCGUGAUGAUCCAGAAAGGAAAAACCAAAGAAGAUUUUUAAAGCAUUGUGAGAAAUGUAAAGAAAAUAAUGGAAGAUUAAUUCAAGACGUUCAAUUGCAAAAGACACAGCAACCAUAUGCACCACAUAUUACGAAACAGAAGAUAUAUCAGUGGUUAUUAGCUCAUAAUUUGCAGGAAUAUUAUCAACCGACAAGAUAUUAUAUUACUUUUGACUUCGAAACAUUAGAGACUAAAGAAGAAUUACAACUUUCUGAGUGUGCAACUUUGAACGCUUACUUAAAACCAUUCAUGGUAUCAUCAAUGGUUAAAUUAAAUGAUAAAACAUAUACGAGGAAUUUUUGCUUAACUUCGAGUGAUUCUUUUAUUUCUGAUUGGAUUGAGUUUUUAUUUUCAACCUGUUCAUUAGUUGCUAAAUCAAAUAUUGAACAAUAUGAAGAAUUAAUGAAGUCGCAAACGGACCAAACGGCGGGGACUUUGUCUCAUACAUUAAAUGAAAAACAGAAGGAAGCAUUUAAAAAACUUCUAGAUGAGGAAUUCAAUAAAGUGAAUAUCAUAGGUUUUAAUUCGGGAAAGUUUGAUUUAAAUUUAAUUCUUCGUGAUUUAAACACUGCAAAAUGGAAAAUAAAAUCAAUGCUGGGUUCAUCUUCACAAUUUAAGCAAAUCAUUGUAAAGAAAACAAACGUUCCAUAUGAAUUGAGAUUUAUUGACAUCAGAAAUUAUAUAGCGGGUGGGACAUUAGACCAAUUCACUCAAGAUUUCGGAAACAAUAAAUCACGUGUUAAAUCCUUUUUCCCUUAUCAAUUCAUCACAUGGGAAAAUUACGAAGAAGAAUUAUAUAAAGAGGAACCAUUCACGAAAGAUUCAUUUUAUUCAGCAUUAACUCAAGAAACUAUAUCAGAUGGUGAUUAUCAAAUAUAUCUCAAUGAUGCUAAAAACUUUAAGAAUAGAUUAGAAUAUUUUAUUCAUUAUUGCAAUAAAGAUGUUGAAAUUAUGAUUGACCCAAUCGAUAAAAUUAUUGAAGAAACAUUUAUUUAUAAAAUUGACACGCUUCAUAAUCUUUCUUUAUCAUCGAAUGCAUCAAUGAUUCGUUACGCUUUAGCAUAUAAAGACUUUAAUCCUAAUGAAAAAUAUCCUGAGGAAAAGAUAGAAUCAAGUUUUGAAUUAACGAAAAAGUAUUGGAAAUAUAAAAUUGAAUCAUAUAAGAAACAAGAUGAAAAAGCAGAAAGGGAUACUAAAAAUAAUGUUUCAAUGGAUGAUUUUCAAUACUAUCACGAUUUAA